AUGCAAAAAACAUAUUUAACUGGCGACAGGCCAAUCGGUUUAGCUGUUGGUGAUUUCAAUAACGACACCCGACUAGACAUUGUUGUAAGUAAUGCUGGAAAUAAUACCAUAGGUGUACUCCUCGGAUAUGGUAAUGGGUCCUUUGCAAGUCAAAAGACAUAUUCCACCGGUGCUUAUCCAUUCGCUUUAGCUGUUAGUGAUCUUAACAACGAUAGCCGACCAGAUAUCGUCGUCACUAAUACUAAUGAUGCCACUGUUAGUAUUCUGCUCCGUUAUGAUAGAGGAGCUAUGAAAAAUGAAAUUACAUUUACACCCAGUGCUGGUGCUCAUUUGACAUGCGUUGCCUCUUCUGAUUUCAAUAAUGAUAGUCUAUUGGAUAUCGUUGUUGCCAAUUACGGUAGUAAUAAUCUAGGUGUUAUUCUUGGAUAUGGAAAUGGCACCUUUGGAAACGAAAUGAUAUUCUCAACGGGAUUAAAAUCUCAUCCUUACUCAAUUGCAAUUAAUGACUUCAAUAAAGACGGUCAAGUGGAUAUUGCAGUAGCCAAUCAUGGUACUAAAAGUCUUAGUACAUUUCUGGGAAAUGGGAACGGAACGUUUGAAAGUUAA